GUGUUCGUUAUGUUGUAGUUUUAUACAGUAUAGGCGACGUAUAUAAACCCUCGUUUACAAUAUUAUCUUAUUUUAUUUGAGAAAACCGGAGAAAAACGAUUAUAACUGUGUAUUCCCCCCCUUUGCUUCGGGGUCUUAAUGAACUGACCCAGCUUGAUGACGUCAGAAAGCGUCAUAACUGCGCUCGGUGUGCGCAGUCACGUUAAUAGCGGCCGUUAAAAACGUUACAAUACAAUUUAAACCUGCUGUAAUGUCGGUUAAACGCUCAUUGACCACUAUCGUCGAGUUGACAUUGUUUUACGUGGACUCUUCAUUCAAUUAGUUUACUGCUGUAUCUGUGAAAUAACUUAACCGCCGGAUGCUGUAACUCCAUUCAGGGCAAAGAUUCCUCCUCGGCUGAUGAAGAAGUCUCUGCCUCUAAUGGCUGACCUCCGAUAGAUGGCGACGUCAGUCUGGUCAGGAUGAGCCACAUGGAUGGGAAAUGCAAAUGUGACACGGAUGCCAAGCACAAAAUGAAGCGUCUGAAGUCGCGUAAGGAGCGCGGCCAGAUGAGAGGUGUCGGCAAGGAAGCCAAACCCCACCAGCAUCACUGCCACCAUCCCAGCAGCCAAGACGUGGCGCAUCUGAACAACUGCCGGCACUCUCUAUGCUGCGCUCCCAGGAGGGAGUGCUCGGACGUGGCUCCUCCCACACAAGAACCCAGCAUCAUCACGACAGCCCGCCUCAUCGGUCACCACGGCCUCUUCAACCACGAGGUGAAAUCUAUCGACAUUGAGCGCUUGUUACUGGAGCAGCAGAACAAGGUCCCCGCUGAAGCGGAGGCUCACAAGAAGAAGAAGAAGGCAGCUUCUACAUCUAGCAAUGCACAGAAUGAUCCCUUUGAAAAAGGCGACGCAUGUGAGAAGAAAAAAGUUCAGUGUUGUAACAGUCAGGGGUUCGACAUCACACCGGGCCAGCAGCAACAGCGUCAUUCAUCAACAAGCGGUGAAAGCUCAAAAGCACACAAGAACAGCGGAGAGACAAAUCUUCCCUUCCAGGAACCAAUGGAGAAGACGCCACCCCAGAUAGUGUCUUCUGAGGAGCACACCCCCAAGAACCAGGGCCCUCUUGACUGCCAGCCCCCUGUUCUCAUUAUCAGCCCGAGCGCCCAUUGGCCCCACAGCUCGGUCACCGUGGAAACCGGCACCGACGCUCAAAGAGAAGAUUUGCUGUCCAAGUCCGUCAGCUUGUUGGGGCAGCGUUUGUGUGCCACUUUGCGCUUUCCCUUCAUGAGGAGGCGAGACCUGGUGACGGAGAGCAAGGAGGUGCUGCUGCACGCCCUGCAAGAAGCGCACGGGCCACACCUCCAGCAGAACCUUCUCCACAUGCGAACACACUGCUGCCCCCAUUUUGAAAAGCAAAGCCUGACUCAGAAGGUGGCCCACAAAGAUGAACACAGACUCUGGUCACCAGACGGAUUCCCAGCACCUUUUCAAAUCACCUCUGUCGUCCAGUCCUGUUUUGGCACCAAGGGUGCUACAGCUUUGGAAACCCCAGAAAGGAAGCAUUUUCCUUGGGAGCUCAGUCCACAGCCCACAGCAGCUGGCUGGCCAGCAAGCCCCAUGGAAACCUCGGCCGGAUUUUUAGAAAACAUCUUCAGACCGAGUUUGUCUCCGGACUUCAGAAUGGACUUUGGCUCCUCCACGGCAUCGUCGAGUCAUCACCUGUUUGCCACGUCUCCUGCCUGGAGAGUAAAAAGUUCGGCCCCUCAGCACCUCCACUUUGACCGGCCUGGAGGCGAAAUGUCGGCCGCAUUCAAUCCCUUCCAGGACAGCUUCAGAGACGAGAGGAGGAGUCACAAGAGCUGCCAUGACCCGACAGGUAGAUACUCAUUAGAACAGUUUCCCCUCGAGCGUGACUUACUUGAAAGUGAAAAAUAUUAUUUUGCCCCGACUUUCUCUGCCCAAAGUCAUCCGCCGCUGUUCAGCCAGUUCAGUCAGCCUCCCACAUUAACAUCCCUCUAUUCUCGCCAAAGCGACAGGAUUCACUUCCCGCCAUCUUACACACUUGAAAAAGACCCUACAGUUUCACUUACACCUUUGCCAAGCCCUGACCGCUGGUGCUUUCCCCCCAUGAGACUGUAUUGAACUCACUCACUACUUCUCUUUUUCUUCACAGUGUGCUCAUUUAUUUUCAUUUAAAACAUAGAAGUGAAAAACAUAGAAUUUUGCAGGGAUAAAGAAAUUUAAAAGAAAAGGUGUGUUUUCUGCGUCAAUGGAGGAUAUGUAGACAAGUA